AUGGCGUGGUGGUGCUGGGCCCGUGCUCGGGGCCCGCGGCCGCACAGACUGACAGCGCUGCUGGAGCAGCGGCAGAGCUUUCGCCGGGCGCGGCCGCGGCCCGAGGAGCCUCCUGAAGCCGCCGCUGCCGAGGCGCGUCCCGGCCCGUCGGCCCCGCGUCGCAGCCUCUGCCCGCCGCCUCCGCCGACCAGCGCUGGCCGUCCCUCGCCGGGCCGCCUAGUAAAGCCGUUCCUCUUCGCGGUGGGGUUCACAGGCUCUGCCUUUGGAUCUGCUGCCAUCUGGCAGUAUGAAUCGCUCAAGUCUCGGGUCCAGACCUAUUUUGAGGAAGCUCGAGCAGACUGGUUGGAUAAAAUACGGCCACAGAAGAGAGGAGACUUCAGAAAGCAGGUUAACAGCUGGUGGAAUAACCUGACUGAGGGUCAGCGGACUGUGACAGGCAUUAUAGCUGCAAAUGUCUUUGUAUUCUGUUUAUGGAGGCUGCCUGGCAUGCGACGGAUUAUGUUUACAUAUUUCACCUCAGAUCCAUCCUCCAGAGCCCUGUGUUCUCCCAUGCUGCUCUCUACAUUCAGUCACUUCUCUCUCUUCCACAUGGCAGCAAAUAUGUAUGUUUUAUGGAGCUUUUCCAGCAGCGUUGUCUCUCUUUUGGGGUGUGAGCAGUUCAUUGCAGUGUAUCUUUCUGCUGGGGUUAUCUCCUCUUUUGUCAGUUAUGUUGCUAAAAUGGCCACUGGAAGGUUUGAACCAUCCCUUGGAGCUUCAGGAGCUAUAAUGACUGUCCUUGCAGCUGUAUGCACAAAGAUGCCAGAAGCAAAACUAGCCAUCAUAUUUCUUCCAAUGGUCACAUUUACAGCAGGAAGUGCUUUAAAAGCAAUAAUUGCAUUUGACACUGCAGGGCUUGCUUUAGGCUGGAAACUUUUUGACCAUGCUGCACAUCUUGGGGGAGCUCUCUUUGGAAUGUGGUACGUGACAUAUGGCCAUGAGCUCAUCUGGAAGAACAGAGAACCACUGGUGAAAGCUUGGCAUGAAAUGAGGAUGAAGAACACAGGGAAGGGCGGGAGAUCUAACUGAUUCUGAUCUGAGAUAUACCUUCUGCCCAAGUGGUAUAUUACUUGAAGACAUGGGAUUGAAGUGGUUUGAAGGUCUUUUUGCUACUCCACGUUAGGCCUCUGAAGAGGUGAGGUUUCUAGUGUACAGUUACAAAAACUGCCAUCGGUAGAAAGUGAACUCUGAGGUGGAACAAUAAAGGU